CUUCACGACACCUGAUCCAUCGCCGGUUCCAUCAGCCACUGGACAGGCAGUUAAACACUGUUACAUGCGUUCUUGCUGCGUGGAAGAAAUAGCUUUCAGUAUGUCGGACAAUUCCGCGCUAGAGCAGCCUCCUGCCAAGAGGGUACGCCUUGAAGCUCCUCACAAUGAAGCUCUCGACGCAGCUGCCUCGCCAGUCGAUGACAUGGAUGACGAUUUCUACGAGACCACUCCAGUCAAGCCUUCCUCCACGCCUGUCACCCGUGAGGAACAUUCUUCGUCCUUAGCGGUUGAGCCGUCGCCAGCCAGCUUGUCCUCAUCGCACAUUCCUGGCCUCGGUUCUUGGAGCAGUUCCUCUAAGCAGGAAUCAUUAUUGCCGCAAAUCCAUAGCCCCAAUGGUGCAGGUGCUCAUAUUCAACAUGAGGAAGCCGAAGAAGGCGAACUCUCAGAAGAUGGCGAAAUCUCAGAUACAGGGUCGCUGUACAAUGAAACCAAGCCAAUGGAGACCAUGGUGGGCGGUCAGCAUCCACCAGAGUUGGGAAAGGCUUCUGUGGUUGGCACUAUCCCAGUAGAGUCGACUGGAACACUUAAUAAUGAAGAAAGUUCCACUAAUACCCCUUCGCCAAGCCGCCCGUUUAAGCACACUAAAGACGGCGAAAUUCUGCCCAGAAGUAUUACAAACAAUGCAUCUACUGUCGAAACAGGGUCGACUGUGUUGAACAGUGCAUCUGCACCGCUACAUACUCUGGAGCAGGUGGACAACGGAAAAGCAGAGUUCCUUCGUGCUGGACAAGCUAAUAAGGGAGAUCUAGAGGCAGAAUGGCAGUUGGACUCAUCCGAGGCAGAUUCCUCUAGUGAUUCAUCUAGUGAUUCUAGCGAGGAUAGUUCCGAUAAUAGUGGCGACUCUGACAAGGGUGAACUGCUCAGUGUGGAAGAACAAGCCCGCAGAUUGAUGAUGGAGAGUGCAGAUGAGCCAGAAUCCACCGCGAGAGCAAAAGUCCGAACUCAGAAUGAACUGGAUGAGAAGUAUGAGAAACCGGAUAUUACCGUUACCGACGACAUGAAGAUCACCGAGCUCGGGAAGGUCGAAUCCAUUGUGGACAACCUGGUCGUCAUCAAGGCUAAUGUAUCUGGAGACUAUCGAGUCCUCGAGUCUGAAUCACCCUUAUGUCUUGCAAAUCGCACCGUAGUUGGCAAGGUUUCCGAGACACUCGGCCGCGUGCAGGAACCAAGAUAUUCACUGGGUUUCAGCGAUACCUCAGAAAUUGAGACACUUGGGAUCAACAAAGAUACGCUAAUCUACUACAUCGAUGAGCAUUCGAAAUUUGUGUACACAGAACCACUGAAGGCACAAAAACACACGGACGCUUCGAACUUGCAUGAUGAGCCGGCUGGCGAGGUCGACUUCUCCGACGACGAGAAGGAAGCAGAAUACAAGCGGGCACAGAAGAAGAAGUGGAAAUCUAAGACAGAGGAGAACCACAAUCCCAAGGAAAAAGGCCUCAAUAUUCCUAGAGACAAGCCUCCCCCAGCAACUUCUGGGCAGUAUCAGGGUGGUGGGCUUAAAUAUGGCGACGACGACGACGACGACUUAGAGUUAGGCAUGUACAGACCGCUCGCUAGACCAGAACAUUUCGAGGAUAUUGUCGGAAGGGGAGCUCCUUUAGAGGAUCGAAGCCAUGUUCGUAGAGGAAUGAGAGGUCCCCGAGGGGGCAGGCCCGACCGAGGCCGUGGUGGAUUCCGAGGAAGAGGUGGUGGCAAUGGCGGUGACCGCGGACGAGGUAACCCAGGCAGUCGAUUUUCUAGGGGAGCCGACAGACCUGGAAGGCGACAAGAGCAGAACCACUCCAGGAAUGGCCCGCAGCAGGAAAACAGGCCAGCUGCCUCUUCAUCGCCAGGCCAGAUGCAUGGAAGACCACAACAGCAACGCUCUCCCCCGCGUGGGAACUCAUCUAGGAGACAACCACAAUACAACCCCUCUCCAGCACCUGGUUCUGUCCCAACGACAUCCGCCAAUGCUUCCACAUAUACACAAUACAACCCUUCUCCAGCACUAGCUUCUGUCCCAGCGGGUUCCACCAAUGCUUCUGCAUAUGCACAGAAUCCUGCUGUCAACGGCCCUAGCUGGCCCAUGCCUGCGCCAUCAAAUGCCCCUCAAGCUACGCUUCAAUACCAAGCAAACCCAACUAUUCCUGCUGGUUCUCACUACAACCCCGCCUUCUUUGCGCAGCCACCACAAACGCAAGCUCAGCAGCAAUUUACACCAGCGCAGUAUGCACAGUAUGCGCACUAUGCGCAAUUAAUGCAAUACCACCAAUACUACGCCGCCAUGAAUCAGGGUCAAAGUCAACCUAAUGCUGCUGCCACCGCCAACAGCCAACAGCACAACCAGCAGAACGGCCAACAGAAUAGCCAGCAGAACAGCCAGCAGAACAACCAGCAGAACAACCAGCAGAACAACCAGCAGAACAACCAGCAGAACAACCAGCAAGGGGCAUUUCCAGCAGAUAUCCAACACAUAUUGAGGACGCUUCGUCAAGGUCAAGGACCAGCAUCAUAGGGGACCAGCAUCAGAAGGGAGCGCUAUCACAAGGAACGAGAGAGUGAAUUGUAUGACUAUCAGAUGUAUGACCACGACUUCAUGGGGAGGGUCCGAAGAAGUGUAUGAGCCAGCGCGAUGCU